AUUUUAGCCCUUGGAAUUUUUUUUUAUUUUUUUAUCUAAAAUGAUUCCAUGUGGAUUUUUUUACUUCUAGUUCGGUCCCUCAAAAAUUUAUUCCAUCAAAUUAAGUAAUUCUCCUCUUAUAAUUAUUUCAAAACCUAGAAAUUCAUAUCUUCAUCUCUAAAACCCCUCCAUCUUCUUCAUAUUCAAAACCCAGAAUUUCAUUCAUUAUUCAUCUUCCUCCUCCUCCUUCCUCUCCCACCAAAACCAUCAUCACCACCCAAUCCCCCACCCAGAAUUUCAUUCAUCUUCCUCCUCCUGCUUCCCUUUCAAUUUCGUCAUUCCCAGAAAUUUUCUGCCUAUCACUAUCAUUCAUAUAAAGAUCAUCACCGAUAUCAGAUUCAUCACUUGUUUCUCUGGAAUUUCCAUCAUCGUCAUCACGAUAGUUUCUUUCUGUUCAAUCAAGUCUCUUUUUCUGAGGAUCACUCCCACCAUCUGAAUCACGGCCUCGCCUGCAACAUCAUCGUCCGGUGGCAAAAGACAUCAAUGGACAGGAACCACAAGUCUGAUGACAAGAAUGUUGUCCAGAAAAUGAUUUGGGGUCCCAGUAACCUUGAAAAAUUUGAUGUAAAAAGGCUUGUUCAUGAUGUUCUGCACCUCAUGGGAGUUUAGGGCCUUUGAUCUUCAGGGAUUAGUAAGAAAGUUCAAGAAAGUGCACGAGGAAUUUGACCAAAUGUUAGAGCAAAUCAUCAAAGAUCAUGAGGCUUCUUCUCGUCUUAGCGACCAGAAAAGCAGGCAAUCUAUUGAUUUCACUGACACAUUGCUAUCACAUAUGCACCAAUCAAAGGACAAAAAUAUUAUUAACAAAACCAACCUCAAGGCUAUUUUGUUGGAUAUUAUUCUCGGAUCACUUGAUACAACUAUCAUGACGGUUGAUUGGGCUAUGACAGAACUAUUGAGGCAACCAAAGGCUAUGACGAAACUUCAAGAUGAGUUAAAGAAUGUAGUGAGUAUGGGGAGGCUGGUAGAAGAAGCUGACAUACCUAAGUUGCCAUACCUCCACAUGGUCGUGAAAGAGACCUUAAGGAUACACCCACCUGCUCCAUUCCUCGUGCCUCGCGAGUGUAGUGAAGAUAUUACAAUCAAUGGUUACUUUAUUGCGAAAAAUUCACGAGUUUUAGUCAAUUCGUGGACAAUAGGACGGGAUCCUAAAAGUUGGUCAGAUAAUGCUGAGAAUUUUUAUCCAGAAAGAUUUCACAACACCGACAUAGAUUCUCAUGGACUCCAUUUUGAAUUUCUACCAUUUGGUUCAGGUCGUAGACUCUGUCCCGGAAUGCAAUUGGGUUUAACUACCGUUCCAUUUAUUCUAGCACAGUUAGUGCAUUGCUUCAAUUGGGAGCUUCCAUUGGGCAUGUCUACUGAUGACUUGGACAUGACUGAGGAAUUUGGCCUUACAAUUCCAAGAAUUCAGGAUUUGCUAGCGAUUCCAACUUAUCGCUUAAUAAAUGAAGGUUAGUUGAGCGCAUCAAACCUCAUGACAAAGCAGGAAAUUAUUUUCAUGUGUUUUUUAAUUUAAGUCAGUCUUUGUUUUUCUCUGAAUAAGAUCUUCAUGUGCGCACAGAGCUUCUUUGCAGCACUUGGAUCAAUCAUACCUAAGAGAUUUGGAUGAUUUUUAAUUUUGGCACUGUAAUAAUUUGAUAAUCCUAUUACUCAUUAUGAGUUUCAAUACGUUAAGUCGGCGCAUAUCAUCAUGUAUUUGAAAAUUGCAUUUUAUUUUCCUUUAGACAAA